CAAGUUUGCCGCGGGUCCACGGAAGAGGCCGGCUGCGGACGUGGUCAUGGAAGCCGUCGUCAAGACACUGCGCCAUGUGGAGAAGGCUCCAGCAGCUCCAUCUCCAUCGACGUCGUCCAAGCAUGGGCUCCAUGCGCUCGAGCUCUUCCUGCUCCUCAAGCCCAAGACCUUUCCCGAGCACGCCAAGCUGUCGACGCUUUUGCUCCAGCGCAAGACGUCGGACGCGGUCGCCACCCCCACGCCGGGCGCCAAGAACGUGGCCAUUGACAAGUCGCCGAGCCUGUGCUUGCAGGGCAUCCAGCUCGCGCUACAAGCGUCGCAAGACCUCUCGCUCCUCGUGCUCGCGAGCCUCCUUGUCAUCAACCUCAACCGCGACAAGGUCAGCUUCAAGCAGCCGUUUACGUGGGAGAACAUGCAUUUGCAGCUCGCCAGGAAGCUGCUCGACGUGGCCGCACUCCCGCUACCCAGCGGCUUGCAUGAGUAUUGCCGCCUCCUCAUGCACUACCAUCUUCGACUCGUCUUGACCAGCGUCCAGUUCCUUGUGCCAUCCACCUCCAACGACGACGACUUUGACUGGGUCGCGCUCCAGCGCAAGUUCUACGACUUGCCGUCCACGCUACCCCCGUUCAUGGAGAAGCUCCUCGUCGUCUGCCUUCAGAUGCAGCUCCAUCAAGGUAAAGUCGCCAUCCUCGUCCUCCACGACCUCGCCCCCUCGCGCCUGACGAAAACAACAUGGGACAUGGCGUACCGUCUUCUUUGGAAAUGCGCGACGGGCCUCGAGAAGGCGUCCACGAACGACGCCGGUACCGUCUUGCACUUGCGCACGCACGGCCUCCGCUGCUUGGCCUACACGGGUGGGCCAUGGCCAAUGUUUCUUCAGCAGCUCCAUCGCACCGGCGUCCUCUUCAAGAAAUAUGCGCAGCAGUCACCAUCGCCGUUGUACGCUGAAAUGACGUCCCUCUGGCACACCUUGCUGGCCCAGCAGGCGGCGGCGGACGAAGCCACGAGCUGGCCGAUCCUACUGCAGUGGCUCGAGCACUGGGUCGUCGUUGAGCCGUCGCACCCGGGUGUGCCAGCGACCUUGGCCUACGUGCGUCUCAACCUCGUACCAUCCGACUCGCGCUGGCUCGGACUACUCGCGCUCCUCGAUCAAACCAGUGCGAUCGACAGUCUGCUGGAGAGCCUCGGGAGCGACCUGCCGUUGGCCAUGCUGCCCAUUGCCCUGCGCUGCCUCAAGCGGCGCCUCGUGUCCCAAGGCACGUUGGCCUACCCACGGCUGCUCGAAUGGACGACGCGGCUACGGCAAGGGAGCAAGUCGGCAGCGGAUCGCGACCGGCUCGUGCAGGAAGAGCUCUACUGUCUUCGCAUGUGCAUGCGCAUGGCCAUCGACGCGCCCAUGACGCUCCUCGGCUACAUGGAGCGCGCGAUCGCUCUGUACACGGCGGUCUCUCUACCGUCGCCCACGCCAGACGCGGUGGCGGCGUUCUCUGCCGUCGGCUCGGACGCUUUGGCCGCCGCCGUCCAGUGGUUCAAGCAAGAACAGUACCAAGCAGUCGUCCAACUCGGCGUGCUCGCCUCGCCGCACAGCGACAAGCUCCACGCGGUCCUUGGCGCCGCGUACCACAAGAUGCACAAACUCGACUUGGCGAUAACGUCGCUCGAGACCGCCGUGCGCGUCGACGCAUCCCAUGUCGACAAGUACCUGCACGUGCUCUUUGACGCGCCGCGCGUCACCAUGGUCGACUCAAUGACGCGUCUGCUGCAGGCGUCCCCACCCGUGGCGACGCCAUUGCGCGACCAAGUGCACAGGCAAACGACCAAGUGGCUUCGGCACUUGCGCCGCGAAGCCUGCGCCACAACGCUCGAGCGACUCGACGCGGCGCUCGACCUCCACGCAUUGGUCGCCACGUCGCGUGUCGACGCGCUCUUACAGCAGCGGACACGUGCCCUCGCCGACUUUUACGUGCAUCGGGACGCUGCGCGAUGGCUCACCUCGCUGGAUACGUUGCUACAAGCCGUCGCCAACGACACGACGCCGAUAUUAGCGGGCUGGCGGGCGAUAUGGCGGCUCGAGCGCAUCAUCAGCUCCGCCUACGCAUCGGUCGAGUGCCCCAUACCGUUUGAUGCGAUUCGCCCCGACCUCGAGAGUGCGGUCGCCGGGUACACGCAAGCUGGUAGCCCGACAAACGACGACGAGAACCCGUAUCACAAUGCGCUCCUCGGUGCCUGCCACGUGCUCGGGUGGAGCUCCUUCCACCGACGACUGUCAAGCGAGCGCGAACCGUGGGAGAAGGCCGCGGCGAUGCAGAGCACGGGCGACGUGGACGGCGCCCUGCGACUCCUCCACUCUCUCCAAGACCAGUCGCCGCGCUCGAAGUCGAAAGGCUUGACCGAGUCGCGUUGUGUGCAGGUCGCACUCGCGUCGGCGUACGCUGCCAAAGGACGGUACGAAGACGCGGCCGAUGCGCUCAAAACAGCGCUCCACCUCUGCUUCCAGCACGUCCAGUACCUCGGACUCGAUACGAUUUUGCUGCCGCCACUGGCCGCGCCGGGCAAAAUGCAUUUUCAAAGCUACGAUGCCAACGGAUGGCGCGUACUCCACGAUACGCUCACGGUUCUCUCGGCCCUCGGUGACGUGCAUGCCAAGCUCGGCGCACCGGCCAAGUCGCUCGUGUACUUGCGUCGGGCCCAAGCGCUGGCGUUUGGUCUGCACCCACGGCUUGUGUGCACGCGGCAAGUCGCGCUCGUCAGCGCGCGCCUGGAGCUCCAGCGCCACAACUUGACGGUGGCGCAGUCCGCGCUCGCCAAGCUGCUGCCGAUCCCACAGGAUGCAACGCUGCAACUCGACGAUGCGUGGAUGGCGCAAGCGUGCAACGAAGACCUCUUUGAAGGCGAUAUGCUCCAUGUCCAGAGCGUCUACGGCCCGGCGCAGAAGGCGUACAAGCUCUCGAAGCACCGCAUCAUUCCGUACUACCAGUCGCAGAAGCGGCUCAUCUACAUCGUCGGGCGCAGUUACCGCAAACUCGCGUCCAACGCUGUCGGUGCCUACUACUUUGACAAGACCAAGUCGGCGUUUCCCGACGACGCAAUCACGGCCUUUCAAAAAGCUCUCAAACUCAGCAUGUGCGAUGUCGAGAAGGCGCGGUGCCUCCACGCGGUGGGCCUCGCCGUCUACCAUCGUGCGCUCACGUACGACGACGGGAAGCGCCUCGACCUCCUCUCCCAGAGCAUCCAAGCGCUCCGCGAAGCGUGGUGUCUGGUUGUGCAUAUGCGGUAUCGGCCGCAGUUGCUGCAUGUGGUGUGUCGCGACUUGACGCUGGCGCUCAUCGAGACGGCCAAGCACACGGAGGUUGCCAUGCAGCGCAAACUGCUGUGGAACAUGACGCUCUUGCAAGCGUCUGGCGUCCGCGUUGACAAAUGCGACAAGAGUGAAGGCAAACACGACGCAUCCAAGCCCGAGAACAUGGCGCCGCCCGAGUUUUUUCAAAUGCAGACGGACGCCUUCCAGACCGCGUUCGUCUCGUCCGAGAUCCCGGCCAACUGGAACGUUGUGUGUCUCUCGCUGACGUCGUCCAAGGAGCUUGUGCUGCACCGCCUCCAGCGCAAUGGCGCGGUGCCCGUCACCGUCGCACUGCCCAAGAGCGUUUUCCCGAUGGAGAGCUUUCUCUCGGGGCUACACAAGAUCAUUGCUGCCUCCAAUGAGACGUUGUCGGGGCACACUGCCGACGAAGCGCACGCGUGGUCGGCGACGCAAAAGAAGCAGUGGUGGCACCAGCGCAAUCAUCUCGACAAGCAGCUGCACCUUUUGCUCGAGAAAGCCAUGACCAAACUUGGGCACUACGCCAGUCUCUUUCUCAGUCGACCGGCGGUGUUGCCAGAGGCCGUCGUCGCGGCCGUGGCCUCGGUCCGCGCGCAAGUCGCAACGCUCUCCUUGGUCCAAGACGAACUGCUCGUGUCAGUGCUCUACGCGCUGCAGCAACACAAGCUGACUCGGGACGUGGCCCUCGCGGGCCUCCGGUCGAUCGUACCGCGCAUCAACUUGGCGGCGGUUCGAUUCCCAGUGCACGCAUCGGCCGACACACCUGGGCCAACGAUCCUCGUCUGCGAUGAAAAGGUGCAUGCGUUUCCGUGGGAAGGCCUCGGCAUUUGCUGCGACAUGGCCGUGAGCCGCAUGCCAAACCUGCGUUCAAUCUUGUCGCCGGUCGACGCUGCUGUCUCCAAGCUCAGCGUCCGGUACAUGAUCAACCCGUCGGGCGACUUGGUAGCGACGGAGAAUGUGCUGCGACCGUUCUUGGACCAAGCGGCGAGCGCGUGGCAGUGGCAUGGCGUCUUUGGCCCGCACGACGAUACCGCCAGUCGCAUGGCCACGUAUGUUCAAGAGAGCGACGUGUUCAUUUACUCGGGGCACGGCUCGGGCGAGGUAUUCCUCCAUCGGGACGUGCUUGCGGGGUGGUCGAAAGCCAGCGUCGCGCUUCUCUUGGGCUGCAGCAGCGGUCGCCUCAAGCAAGAAGGCAUCUACCUCCCGGAAGGCAUGCUUCUCAGCUACUUGGCCGCCAACAGCCGCGCGGUCGUCGGUAUGCUAUGGGACGUGACCGACCGCGACAUUGACCGGCUCAGUCUCAAGCUGUUGAACGAGUGGUUUGGUGGCGAGACGUCGUUAGCGACCGCACUGGUGAUCGCGCGACGUGAGUGCAAACUGCAGUCGCUCAAUGGCCUAGCCGCUGUGUGCUACGGCCUCCCACUGUUUGUCGAUGCCCAUAACGACGUUGCCAUGACGGACUAGCUCGAUGAUGUAGAGAUGAUAUGUAAUGCGAUAUCCGUCUAGAGAUGUAUGGUCAACAGACCAGCUGACACGUCCACUGCGACUGUACUACCCCAGUAAACGUCGCCGAGUGCCAAUGGAUGGCUGUGUAGUCCUUUAGGUGUCGCAACCCUACCCUCGAGUGAGUUGAUAAAUUGAUACGAACCGGCGUGGCUCAAGGUAUUUACAUCACCGCCG